AUGGUGAUGCUAAAAACCCUGGCCAUUUUAUCGGCAUCGACCCUUGUGGUCGCCCCUCCCCCUGGGCUUUAUAGUAGAUACAAACCUCAAAGUCAAAAUCAAAAUCAAAACCAACCGGACUCAAAUAGCUCAGGUGGUACCAAUACAUUCAGAAGUCCUGUAAUCAUUCCUGCGACGCCAGUGCUUUCCGAAAACCCGAACCCCAUAAGCGCAAACAUACAGCUUAACAGUGACUAUUCAAUGUCACAAUAUUCACCUUCAGAAGGCUCGAGAGAUAUCAACCUCGAACUGGCUACAGUACAAUUCCCAUCCGGUGGGCAAAAUUCCGGAUUCAGCCUAAGUCCCAUGGGCACACCAAGGAGCGCCAGACGAAUAGAUUCCAGGUUCCCAACUCCGAAACAAAAGAAAGCCGGUAUUAAAUACGGAACAGUCAGGAAAAAGCAUAUUCAUUGGGACGGUGAUGAAAACUUUGACAUGAAAGAUGCUCCGGAGGAUGAACUAGGCUAUAUCCCAACGACUAUCCAGAUGCUUGGCAUGCCUUACUCGGCUCGAGGACCGAAGCCGACAUACAGGGAUCCAGUGGUGAUGACGACAAAUUGGGGGUCGUUAUCCCAAGGCCGGGGGGAUUCAGAAGAUGUAGAUGAUGAUGACUCGUCGAUUGAUGCUAAUUUUCUAGAAAACCUGGACGAAGAACCUGUAACUGAUCAAGUGUUAAGUUAUCGGCCUGGACUAACACCAAGGGUACAGAUAGCAAUGGCAUCCCGAGGAGGGCAGUAUUAA